GUUGCCUUCCACAUUAAGCUUUGGUUUAUUAAUGCCGGCCAUUGAAAAUGAUUUCUUAUUUUUUUGCUUUAUCUGUACAUAAAUAAUUUUGUUCCACGACUUUGUUCUGCUUUGGAUUUACUUUGAAUACUAAUUAAUUGAUUUCUUCCUAGGGGUUCCGUCGUGGAAGCCGAGGUAUGGUUUUUCUACUCAUCUUCUUUCCUUUUUCCCCUUAGUUUCUAAAUCUGAUGUUCUUAAAUUUUCUUGUCUCAGAGUCGUUUACCACAAACUCACAAAAUAUACAUAUCUGGGAUUUUGCUCUCGUUAUUAAUUGCCUUGUUCAAACUCAGGUUUGCACAAGAGCCUUCUUUCAUCACACUCAUCAUGGCUUCAACUUCUUCAUCAACCCUUCCCUGCAAAUAUGAUGUUUUUAUUAGUUUUAGAGGCAAAGAUACCCGUUAUAAUAUUCUCUCCCAUCUCUCUAAAGCCUUAGAGGACAAACAAAUCAAUGUCUUUACGGAUGAAGAGCUUCGUAAAGGAAAAGAGAUCUCACCAGAGCUCUUGAAAAUAAUCAGAGAAUCAAGCAUCUCAAUAAUCAUUUUCUCUGAAAAUUAUGCUGAUUCUCCAUGGUGCUUGGAUGAGCUUGUUGAGAUACGUAAAUGCAAGGAAGAAUCAGGACAAAUAGUCCUACCAGUUUUUUACCAUGUAGAUCCAACUGACGUUCAAGAGCUGACAGGGAAUUUUGGAAAGGCAUUUGAUAUUGCUGAGCGUGGAGAACGAGGCAGUUUACAGAAGGUGGGCAAAUGGAGGCGUGCUUUGAUGGAAAUAAGCAACUUAUCAGGAUGGGAUUCGCAGAAUAUCAAGUAUGAAUCCACAUUAAUUGAGGAAAUCGUCAAUGAUGUUUUGAAGAAAAUUAUUCAUAUGUCUUCAAGUGAUAAUUCUUAUGAUCGCAGCUUGGUUGGAAUCGAAUUACGUGUGAAAAAAGUGGAACAAUUGUUAAAUGAUAAAACAAUUGUAGGAAUUUGGGGGAUGGGAGGCAUUGGCAAAACAACUAUUGCACAAGAAGUAUUUCGUCGAAAUAGGAGUAAAUUCGACGCUCAUUGCUUUGUAGAAAAUGUUAGGGAAACAAUGAUAAAGCAAUCACCAAAUGAUGUACGAGACAAAAUCAUUCGGCAAUUAUUAAGAGAAAAAAAAUUACUUGAAGACACAUUGUUUUGGGGUCCUUUUAUUAGGAGAAUGCUCAAGAGUAAGAAGAUAUUCAUUGUUUUUGAUGAUGUAGAUGAUGCAAAUCAUUUAAAAAAUUUAGUAGGAGAGUGUGAUUUGUGCGGUGUGGAAAAUAGAAUCAUUGUAACUAGCAGAGAUCAGCAAGUACUUAAAAAUUUUGGUCCAAAGGAAAGCAUAUGUGAGGUUGAGAAAUUAACUUAUCCUGAAGAUUUGGAACUCUUUAGCUUGCAUGCCUUCAAGCAAAAUCAUCCAAAGGAAGGAUAUAUAGAGCUAUCAAAGAAGGCAAUAACAUAUGCUGGUGGCAAUCCAUUAGCUCUUAAAGUUUUGGGAUCUCAUUUAUUUGAUAUGGGGAUAGAAGAAUGGCAAAGCGAAUUGGAAAAAUUGAAAGGCCAAUCUCUUAAGAAAAUUCAAGAUGUUUUAAAAAUAAGUUAUGAUGGGUUAGAAAAAAAUGAAAAGGAAAUAUUUCUUCAUAUUGCAUGUUUCUUCAAAUGGCACAAUAAAGAUGAAGUUGAGGGAAUAUUAGAAGCAUGUGGUUUGUUUCCCAAAAGUGCAAUAACUCGUCUAAUUAACAAAUCUCUUAUAAAUAUUUCGUGCAAUGUGGUCGAUAUGCAUGACUUGAUAGAGAAAAUGGGUAAGGAUAUUGUUAGUGAGGAGUGCAAACAGCUUGGACGACGCAGCAGAUUGUGGAAUUAUAAAGAUGUUCAUCAUGUAUUGACAACAAAUACGGGAACUGAAAAUGUUGAAAGCAUAUUACUUGACAUGCGUGGGACGGAUAGUUUGGAGCUAAGUUCCACCGCGUUGAUGAUGAAGAUGUGCAAUCUUAGAUUCUUCAAAGUCAUCUCUAAUUACAAUGGACGAGUGCUCCUUCCUCACUACUUUGAAUUUCCUUCACAAGAGCUAAGAUGUCUUUACUGGCAUUAUUAUCCUUUGACUUCUUUGCCAUCAAAUUUUUGCCCGAAGAAUCUUGUAGUACUUGACUUGCAAAGAAGUAACUUAAUAGAACUUUGGAAUGGAGAUCAGCCACUUGGAAAUUUGAAAAUAAUACGGCUCAGCGACUCUAAGGACCUGAUCAGGAUUCCAGACUUGUCUAGUACUGCCCCAAAUCUUGAGCUUUUGGAUUUGAGUGAAUGUGAAAGUUUGGUUGAGAUUCCCUCAUCUUUCCAAAAUCUGAGCAAGUUAACUGAACUAAAUCUAUUUAGGUGCUAUAAUGUCAGAUAUUGUCCAGAGAUUCCUUGUAAUAUAGGGACUGUAUUGUUAAGUGAAAGUGGAAUAGAACAUCUGCCCUCAUCAAUUGAGCAUUUGACUCAACUUUUCAGAUUGUCCUUGCAUCAGUGUACAAGACUCGUGAGUAUUCCAAACAGCAUUGGCGAGUUGAAAUGUCUUAAAGAAUUUGCUCUCAAUGGAUGCUCAAAUUUAACAAGUCUUCCAGAAAGCAUGAAACAACUAUCGAAGUUGAAAUGGCUUGAUUUAAGAGGUUGCAAGAGACUUAAAUGUUUACCAGAGCUUCCAUCAUGCUUAGAAGUCUUAGAUGCAUCAGAAUGCACCUCUUUGGAAUCUGCAUCAACUUCUUUCCUUUUCAUAGAACAUGAGGAUGAAAAUGAAGAAGCAGAUGAAAGUGAAGAUGAAGAUCAUUUUAAAGAUUGCAAACGUCUUUUCUUUGGUAAAUGCGUCAAUUUGGAUAAGAAAGUGAUGGAGGAUGUUUUUGAAGCGCAUAUGUUGCAUCAGGAAGUGAGUUUAUAUAUGGCAGGAGGUGAAGUGCCAGAAAGGAUGAGAUAUAAGAAUAGAAGGGGAUCCUGGCUUUCAUUCAGACUUGACCUUCGUCACUUAAUUGCCUUCUCUUUCUGCGCCGUUAUUUCCACAAGUAAUUAUUUUGAUCUUUGGACGCCCAUGAAAUGUAGAGUGGAUUUCAUAGACGAAUCUGGACAUACGCGGAGCCAAAAUUUCAUUUUCUAUAAAUCUAAGGAUCAGCAGUACAUGUUUAAGUAUCCAUCAGAACACGUGUUGCUUUGGUUCAGUUAUCACAGUUUCAUCUAUGUUAAUAAAGAGUGUUUCGUUGAGGCCUCACUUCACUUCUCUACUGACGAUGACGAGGGGAUAAUUAAGUGUGGGGUGCAUCCUAUAUAUAUGUGCGAUAGUCUUAGAAGAAAUAAAAAGAGAAGGAGAAAUGAAGAGCAUCCCCAGCAGCAUCAGGAUGACGAGGAACACCAACCACCUCUUCAAAGAAAGAAGAGGAGGCUUCUUCACUCACCUUCACUACAGGUGUAACUAAUUUUUUAUUUGCUGGAGAAGUGGAAAAGUGUAACUUCCCGCUCUUCAUUUUCAGGAGCAGGAAUGUUCCGGAUCGUGUCCAAAGAGCUAAAAUCAUUGGCUUGGAAUGGCUUCGGUUUGUGAGUAAAAGUGUCUCAAGGCGGGUGACAAAAUCAUUUGACAAGCUGAUUAGAGCUGAGACAAUAAUAAUGGGAGUUGGAAUGGAUCUCUGUUGCAUGACAAUGAUGGCCCUCUCUGUAAGUUCAAAAGACGGUGUUAAUUUUUACAACUUUUGGUUUGCAGAAUACAUUUAUUCAUCGCAAGCAUUUCAGCAAAUUCAGUUGGUUAUAUUUUUUGUCAAAUUAAACUGGUUUUAUUCACCAUAUAAUGUCAUCUCUAUUUUCUAGAUAUUUGUUGAUGGUUUUUCACUAGAUAAAGAUCAAACUGGGGAGGACAGCAAAACCCGGUCUUCUCUUGCUUCCCCAGCACCACUUUCAUCUGAUGCUGAUCAUUUCAGCAACUUGGAUAUUUGCUACUGCCAACUUCAUUGUUGAGCUCUCCGCAAUAGUUUUUGGGCAGCUUUUCUCAGAGCAUUGCUUUGUUUUGUGAUUUGGUUUAAGGUUCAGAAGGAACGAGCUAUUUGGCGGUGUAAUGGCACAAUAAUGUCUUGGUUUAUUAUCCUACUCAAAGCGGCACUCUUCUUAGCUCUUUCAUAGACAUUUGUUGGAUUGGUUUGUGCACUUUGUCAAUGCACUCUACAAAUGAUUAUUGUUUGUUCCUUAGGAAUGGUAAUAAUCCAAUCAAAAUAUCCAUUUGGGCUGGCAUCUUUGCAUCUUUGUUUGUUGUGUUAUAAGUUGUGUGGAGAAUUCAAACAUGAUGUUAAUGAGCAAGAUACUUCUUAAUUAGAUCCAAACAAGAAUGCAUACACAAUAAGAACUUGUCAA